CGCAUCAGCCACAAGGCGUCGGGAAAGGCCAAAUUAAUUUAAAAAAUACAUUAUUCCCGACGUCGUGCACAGUGCGUCAGGAACGACGUCAGGAAUAGGGGGUUUUCCCAACACACGGUACCGCGUCGAGAAAACCGAGAGGGGAAAAGAGAUAAGAUCGAAGCCGAGGGGGAAAAGAGAAGAGAUCGAAGCGCUUCCGUCGUCGUCGUUCCGCCGCCGUUCCUCGCCUUCGGUCCGCACCCUUCCCUCGCCCCUGUUCUGUGGCCGUCUGCCACUUUAGCCAUUAUUUCAUAUCGACGUAAUAAUUUUAUGGAGACGGACGAUAUGUUCAUCGAGUUUGAGGACGAUUUAGAUAACAUCGCAGAAGGGUCAUCAUUUAUGGGUGACAAUACGGGAUCUUCUUCUCAACAACAUGCGACUACGAAUCCUAGGAGACGUGCGCAGUCUCGACUCUUGGAGUUAGAGCGUCAUGUUGCAAUAAAUGGGCGCAUUCCAAUGACGAUCGCCCCUCGAGCGGAGAAGCCUAUUUCCCUACAUGCCGUUCACUUCAGCCAGGCGAUAGGCGUGUGCGUGCGAAAGAUAUUUCUCGUCCGCUAUUUUAAGUGGGCGGACUUUGGGAGAGAAUACAUUGAGGUCGUCAAGGGCGACCUCCAGCGAUUGUUUGUGCUUGAUUUCAAUGAUCAAGCAAUGAACAGGUUUGUUGAGCAUCAGAUGCUCAUGACCUUUAAAGAGUUCCGGACCGACUGUCACAGACAUUUCAAAAAGUAUAGCGACCCGGAGGAGGCUCGUGCCAACCCACCAAACGCACUGGUUGGACAUGAUGAGGAUUGGCACUUCCUUUGCGACCACUAUAUCAACCGUGCAUUCCAGGAGCAAUCAUGGACGAACAAGGCUGCUAGAUAGAAGCAGCCUUACAAUCAUAGUAGCGGGUCCAAGUCGUUUCUACAACGAUAGUACGAGCUCGCUGAGAGAAAAGGGGAGUCGGUCGAUCGUGUGGAGUUGUUCUGGGAAACACACGUUCGAGCUAGGAUGUCUGUGUUGCAGGCCGCUGAGGAUGCACAUAAUCAAAUGUUAGAACUCCAAUCUCAGCCUACCUUAGAGGGUAGUCAGCCACUUUUUGAGGAUGAGAUAUGCGAUCAGGUGUUGGGUAGACGACCAGGCUACUCAAAAGGCCUUGGUUGGGGACCUAAGCUGAAGGCCCGCAGAAUGGCGAGUGCAAUCAGUUCGUCAACAUCUUGUUCGCAGUCCACAAAAAAAGAGAUUGAAUUACAAGCUAAACUUCAUGAAGCUUUGGAACGGGUUGAAGUGCAAGAUAGAAAUCACCAAGCGUUAGCUUCACAGGUGGAAAGCAUGAAAAAGAUGAUAGAAGAAUUAACUCGUGCACAAUAGGGACCACCACAUGAUCCCUAGCUCUGCGGACCGAAGGUGUAGAAUGACGCAUACGCACCUCAUUGGGAGACUUUUUGUUAUGUUUGUGUUUUCUUGUAUUACGAGAACUAUAUUUUUU